UCACAGUAGGCUAUUGUUUCAAUGGCUUCAUUAAUCGUACAACGAGACAAUCUGAUUGGAGGACGAUUCAUUGAAAGUUAUUGCGCCUGGUCUAUAAUCUUAGCACGGUGUGUGUGGUUUAUUGAUCUCUGUUAGUUAAUUUCACUGCGUCGAAAGCGAAGCAACGUCUGAUUUUCAUCUCCAAGCAACAGUCACUUAAAAAGGCAAGGGAACGAUGGCUGUCAUCUUAGAAACGCUCAGCGUUAAGAAGUUAUUAGCUUUAGGUGUUUGCGCCGUUGCUAUCCUAUGCACUUUCUUCUUUAUUGGAGGCACGAAAGCUCCUCCUCCUACAAAUGCCAUGCCACAUAUCGCAACUGUAUGUAACGGCAAGAACACAGAAGCACCUUUGGAUCCCUGGUCAUGUACCAAAGUGGAUCUACAAAAGGCAAUGGAAGAUAGAUCUAUUAACCCUCAAGACAUAGUGUUUGCUUUUCAAUUUCCACAUCGUGGUUUAGAGAUGUCUCGUUGGCAUCAAUUUUUGGCACUGUCUGUACAAAUGAAGUUGGAAUACAACAAAGAUAAUCCUUACAAAACCACCAAAGAUGGUUACCCAAUCUGGACAUUUGAAGCAAAGCUUUACUACAAGGACAAUAAUGAAACUGCAGAUUGGAAUCUGCUGGCUAAAUCUACUGAGGAGCGAGAGCUGGUUUGUCAUUAUAAGGGCGAUAAAAGUGAAGGAGGUUACUAUAAUUGCGACGACUUGCCAUUCUUUGAGAUCGGCAGUGUGUUCUACAACUAUUACCUUGUAAAUGUACGAUUGCCUGGAUAUAGAUCCAAAAAUAGAGGAAUUGGCCAAGUUUCUGGACUUGAGUUUGUAGAGAUUCAUCAAAAUGGAGGUUUUACUCAAAUGUGGUUCACAAUGAAGAGUGUUGUUGCUCCGGUCAGCAUCAUUCUCCUUGUGUGGUUUGCAAUGAGAGUAAAGAAGCUGCGAAGAGAAAUCCUUCUYUUAGAAAAGACAUUAUUUAUGCUAGGAUUUAUUACGGCGUUUUURAAUCUACCACUGGAAUGGAUGACGCUGUAUGCCAACAUGCCGUUCAUGCUUCUCUUCACUGAUAUUCGACAAGGAUUAUUUUACGCAAUGUUGAUGUGUUUCUGGGUAAUUUUUACUGGAGAGCAUUUACUGGAUCAAGCAGAAAGGAAUAAGAUCAAGGCAUAUCUGCCCCAAGUGUGCUUUAUCGGAUUUGGUGGAUUUUGCUUGCUUGUGUUUGAUGUUUGUGAAAGAGGUUAUCAGCUACACAAUCCAUUCUUCAGCAUUUGGGCGACAAAACUUGGAAGCGACUUAGCUUAUGGAUUCAUUAUCUCGGCUGGUGUUUGCGCGUCUUUGUAUUUCUUGUUCCUGCUCGUGUUGGUUGUCAAGGUUUUCUUAAACAUUCGAGGAAAAAGAGCAACGUUUAAGAAUAUGUCCAGGGCACGACGCCUUAACUACGAGGGUCUUAUAUUUCGUUUCGAGUUCUUGAUGGUUGUGACACUGUUGUGCGCAGCUUUGACCGUGAUAUUCUUCAUAAUAACCAACGUUAAUGAAGCACACUGGAGAUUUGGCGAAGAAGAAUCGUCUGUCGAAAUAUCAAGUGCGCUGUUCACGGGUAUCUAUGGCAUGUGGAACGUUUAUGUUUUGACCGUCAUGUUCUUGUAUGCCCCCACUGCAACUGAUCCAGUAACUGCUCAAUACGAUGCGAACAGAGAAACUGUUGAAUUGACUGGAGCUGUUGACCCUACAUCUGGUGCAAGGGAGUCUAUUGUUUACGCAAUGGCUGGAAAAACUGCGCAAGAGUAAACCGCAACGACGGAACAACUGGGACUUCUGUGUAUGCGCGGAAUUUAGGACUGGGUCUUAUAUGAAACGGACGCGAAGUUAUCAUAAAAUAUCUCACCUCUUGUGGUUGGACAAAACAAGCUUCAUAUUUGUGAUUGGCUUAGAAUUAUAGAAUGUCUAUUAGAUAUACAUGUACACUGUUACUUUCAGGUAGUUGGUUUAGCUCAAAAAAUGAAGCAAAAACAAAAAUUGUUUCUGGUUGAAAGGUAGCAAGCAGCAAAAAGCGAGACUCUGGUUGAGGUGUGCGAAAACCAAUUUAUUUCUGCACGUUCAAAUUUUGUGUCGCUCCAUGCAAUGCAAAGACAGUGAGUUAUUUUUCAAAUACGAGAAGACAACUGUUUAAGGCCCGUGACACUGCAUCCAAUAUCCUCGGCUACUAGUAGAAUAUCUUGUUUUGCUUACAAAUUCAGUAACUCUUGUUUAAAGGUGCUUCCUUGCUGAAUCGAAAUCAAAGACAGCGAAUUUAGAUCGCAGAAAGGUUCUUGGAUUCAUGUGGGACUUUAAAUGGAGUAUUACAGACAUUGUAUUUUCAAUCGAUGUCUUUCGUUCUUUUCCUUAUUUGCUUGUUUUUUGUUGUUUUUGUUGUUGUUGUUGUUGUUGUUGUUGUUUUUGGUAGGUUAGUGCUUGUUCUAUUUGUUUCGUUUCGCAUUUUGUUUAAUGGCUUUGGUUAUAUUUAUUUCUUUUUUUUCGGUAUUUGUAAUUGUAAUAGACUUAUUAUAUAUAAUAUAUCUUCAUGAAUUCAAAAACAUUUAUUUUGCUAUAUGAACAUUGCAUUAUUUUAUUUAUAUAUUACAAUAAAAGAUGUCAUGAAGUAUUUA